AUGGGCUGUGCUACGCUGCAGAAAGCGACAAGUCUGCAAAAGUCUCACACGCAACUCGCUGUGGUAGUGAUGCUGGCCAGCCUGCCAAGCCCUGCACGCAUUGCCCAGCCGGAUUCAAUGAGACGCUACAAUACGCAUAUACACAUGCCAUUAAGGUCUUUUCUUUCUCUGGGCGGAGCACGUCCGCUCAGCCCUGCGACAGCUGAAAGCUCGUACAUUGAUGUGUCGGCUAACUUGCCUCGCCACCCGCAAGUGGUGUCAUUCGGCACCGGAGCCAAACGGGAAACAAAAAGUCUGCAGCUUAGCCUUUGUUGCGGUGUGUAG